AUGUUGCGCUUUGUAAUUUUACUCUCCUUGAUUGGAAGUCUGUACGCAUUGUCAUGCCCUUGCUGGGAAUGGACAGAAAAGCAAUUAAAGGAAUAUUGUCCAGACAUUUCGACAUGUCCUCUUGGUUUAACUCUCGAUUCUUGUGGAUGCUGCCAAGAAUGUGUAAAGGCCAUAGGUGAAGUGUGUGGAGGACCUUGGUUUACUUCAGGAAAAUGUGGAGCCGAAUUUAGAUGCCAAACUGACGACGGAAACGAAGUAAGUGACGAAGAUUACCCGGGUACUUUGGACAGUGGUACUUGUGUUAGAGACACCGACUAG